AUGAAGACCAGCCCAAGAUUCAUGCAGGUUCUUCUCUUCGUAUGUCUGUUUCUCGAGAUAAAUCUCUCCCAAGGAGCUGAUACCAUCUCUGCAAACCAGUCCCUCUCGGGUGACGAAACCAUUGUAUCUGAAGAUGGAGUCUUUGCGUUGGGAUUCUUUAAACCAGGUAAGUCUCCAAAGUACUACAUAGGCAUCUGGUACAAGAAAGUUACAGUGCAGACUGUAGUUUGGGUUGCAAAUAGAGAGACACCAGUUUUAGAUAGAUUUUCUUCAGAGCUGAAAAUCUCAAAUGGCGGCAAUUUAGUUCUUUUAGAUGAGUCCAAAACAACAAUUUGGUCCACAAACGUGAAGUCCAAUAGCUCUGCUUCUGUAGAAGCUCUUCUUUUAAGUAACGGAAACCUAGUCUUAAAAGACCGAUCUAAUUUGUCGUCAGAGCCGCUAUGGGAAAGUUUUCAUCAUGUAACUGAUACUCUGCUGCCUGGUUGCAAAUUUGGUUACAAUAAAAAGACCAAAAGAAAUCAAGUUGCAACUUCAUGGAAGAAUAUAGAGGAUCCUGCCCCAGGUAUCUUCUCAAUUGAGCUAGUCCCAAGUGAAAAUUCCUUUAGAAUACAAUGGAAUAGGUCUAAAAGUUAUUGGACCAGCGGAACUUGGGAUGAGCGUAUUUUCAACUCUGUGCCUGAGAUGAGAAUUGAUGACUAUUUCUAUAAUUUCAGCUAUAUUUGGAAUGAUGAAGGGAGCUAUUUCGUAUACUUUUUUAAAAACACGACUAAAAAUGUAUCCCGACUUAUGAUGGAUGUUUCCGGGCAGCUACAGCGACCAUUGUGGGUGCCUCCUGAAGGAUGGAAUGUGAUUUGGUCAUUCCCGAGACAACAAUGUCAAGUUUAUGCCCUUUGCGGGCCAUAUGGAAUCUGCACAGAGAAGUCCUUGCCUUUCUGUAGCUGCUUGAAGGGAUUCAAGCCAAAAUCCCUCAGUGAUUGGGAUUUGAAGGACUACUCUGGUGGGUGCAUUAGAAAGACCGAACUUCAGUGUGAGAACUACUAUCUUUCAAAUAGUGAGAAGGACAGAUUCCUUGAACUUCCCAGCAUGUUGUUGCCUAAAAGUGAUCAGUCUAUGCAAGUAGAGAGUGUAACAGCAUGUGAAUUAACAUGCUUAAAUAACUGCUCUUGUACGGCUUAUGCUUACGACAACAAUGCUUGUUCAAUUUGGAAAGGAGAUCUCUUAGAUCUUCAACAACUCAAAGCGGGAGACAACAAUGGAAGAACGCUCAACAUUCGAUUAGCAUCCUCCGACUAUCCGAAUAGUAAGAGACUAAUUCGAAGUGCUAGUAAUAAGGCACUGAUUAUAGGUGUUGUGGUGGGCUCAAGUGUAGUAGUUCUCCUAGGCCUUAUUCUAUUUUCUGUUAUAAGACAGAGAAACAAGGAAAUCAGAAGACGACAAAAAGCAGUUCAGAACUCCUUGACGGUUUUUACCUACAAAGAACUACAGAAUGCCACAAAGAACUUCUCGGAGAAAUUAGGUGGUGGAGGCUUUGGUUCAGUCUUUAAGGGGACUUUGCCUCACUCUUCUAUGGUAGCAGUGAAGAAGCUUGAAAGUGUCGGCCAAGGAGAGAAGCAAUUUAGGGCAGAAAUUAGUACAAUCGGAACAAUCCAACAUGUUAACCUUGUUCGGCUUCGAGGGUUUAGCUCUGAAGGUACUAAAAAGUUGUUAGUCUACGAUUACAUGCAAAAUGGCUCAUUAGCUUCUCACCUUUUCCAUGAAAAGAAUCCGAAGGUUUUGGACUGGAAAGCAAGAUACCAAAUUGCUUUAGGGACAGCUAAAGGGUUGGUGUAUUUGCACGAGAUGUGCAGAAACUGCAUUAUUCACUGCGACAUCAAGCCUGAAAACAUUCUUUUAGAUGCAGAAUUUUGUCCGAAAGUGGCAGAUUUCGGGUUGGCGAAACUUGUUGGGAGAGAAUUCAGUCGCGUCCUCACAACAAUGAGAGGGACAAGAGGUUAUCUGGCACCAGAGUGGAUUGGAGGAUUGGCGAUAACACCAAAAGCGGAUGUUUACAGCUACGGAAUGGUGCUUUUCGAGCUUGUAUCCGGAAAGAGAAACUCAAAGCAAUCAGAUUCAGAAGGAAAAGUGCCGAAGUACUUUCCAAGUUUGGCCACUAGCGUAGUAGUCGAAGGCGGUGAUGUCCUUAGCAUUUUAGAACCGAGGUUGGAGGGGGAUGCUGACGUACAAGAACUUGAAAACGCUUGUAAAGUUGCUUGGUGGUGUAUCCAAGAUGAAGAAGCGCAUAGGCCACCAAUGAGUCAAGUAGUUCAAAUGCUUGAAGGUACUCUGGAGGUGGAUUUACCACCUAUUCCGAGAACGCUCUACUUUUUUGAUGAGAAUUAGUCUCCAGCUCGUUAAGUGGUCAGGUGAUCUCUUUGACACUAAGUGCUAUAUACCACUUCAAUG